AACUUCAGGUAUGUCUGGACAAAGAUGUUGGCUCCGCCACAGAGUGUACUCUAAAUAUUAUUCGGAUGGGGAUGUGGAAGGUCAUAUAUUUUGAUGGUUGGGAUGGAUUAGGAGCAUCUGCUGUUCUUAGAUCCGUAGCUGCAGUGCUUCCAUCUAGGAGAACCACUCCAGAACUAUGCUUUGACAAAAUAUUUUUUAUAGAUUGCUCAAGGUGGAAAAAUAGAAGAGGAGUGCAGAGGGCAAUUGCAGAGGAGUUGCAACUUGAUAGCUCUGUAAUGGCUAUUCUGGAUGAGCAAGAUGAACAUGAUGAUUUUUUGGGACAUGAUGAAAGCACAAGGCAUGAGAUAGAUGUUGUUAGUCAGGUGAUUGAUCGAGCCUUGAGGGAUAUUAAAUUUAUGUUGAUUUUUCUUAAUGGGGAUGAUGAUGAGGUUGACGUGGGUCUCAUGGGUAUUCCUCGACUAGUAAGAUAUGGAAAUAACGUGAUGAUAUGGACCUUCAGCAGAAGUUGCAUAACCAUGCGUCACGACCGUUCUGGGGUAAAAAACAAGCUACGAUAUACACUGCUUUUCAUUCAUUGCUUUAUGGAUAAAUUGUCAAGCUCACAGUUUCUUGGCCUGCUACAUGAAGAAGCUGCUACCAUAGUUGCUCGCAACCCCUGUAUGCUGGACAUUGACCAAACAGUUGUUGCAGAUUGCUGUCUCUAUGAGUUAUUCCUGCACUGUAACUUCCACACCUUCACUAAAUUUGAUUGGGUUUCUCAUUCUUCCAAGUAUUGGAUAUGUGAUGCAAUCAUACAAAGUGACAGAGCAUNGGAUAUUAGUAAGGCAUGGCAUCUGGAGAUAAAUUGGAGUUGUGAUGCUUCUCUACUUGAUCAUGUUCUUAAAAUGUUCAUGGAACAUUCAGAGUCUCCUUUCUUGGUAAUUGAAGAUGAUGAUGUAUACGAAGAAGGCCCAUACCGUUGGAUUUCGGUCGUGUCAAGAGAUGCAGAAGUACAUGGUAUGAAAACAAUACCUGCGGCGGCAUCAUCUUUCUUCUUGGCAUUUGAAAUAUCAAAUCACCCACCAGCUUUACCAGAUGGAUUCUUUGAUCAUUGCAGCAAGCUUGGUGUACUGAUUCUCUAUUGUUGUGCCUUUAGUUUUGCUUCACCUUCCUUCAUGAAGUGUCAUGGCCUAAGAUUCCUUGGACUGGACCGCUGUACAGAUGACCAAACAAUUCAAGGAGAACAUAACAUAGAGUGGUUAUGUUUGUAUGGCCUAUGUGUGCUGGACCUACGUUACACAUACUGGAAUGAAAUCUUAUCUCAAGAAAAGUUGGAUCUCAUGACUAAUAUCAGAGAGCUAAAUAUAGAGGGCGCCAUGGGAUCACAAUACAUAGCUCACCUACAGCGCCGCUUACCUAACCUCCAGAGGCUUCGAAUAAUCAAAUCAACAUGUCAAUGGGAGAUAUCAGACGAUGCCGAUCACUACUUCAUAGACAAGAAAAGUAUGGAAAUUCUUGACUUGUCAGGCAAUCGUCACAUGAAAAUUCUUCCACCCAGCCUAUCAAAGGCAAAUAGCCUCCGGUUGCUUGUACUUGAUGGUUGUGAUGAACUGGAGAGUGUAGGUGGGCUCCCUCCCUCCCUCGAAUCCCUUAGCUUCAAUGGAUAUGGGCCAGCUUCUCAAUGGACACAAACUGUUGGGCUACCUCCAAAACAAUUUCGUCAAUCCAGCACAACAGAUAAUAAGGACGUCAGAAUAUCUAAGAUCUCCUUAGCAGGCUGCACACAAUUGGAGAAUUUGUUCUUGUGUUGGCUACCCAACCUAGUGGAAUUGGACCUCUCGGGAACAGCAAUCAAGAUACUUGACUUCAAGACUGUGGUGGUGAAAGUCCCAAGGCUCAAACGGCUGUUUCUAAUAGGAUGCAUGCACCUUCGUGCAGUGAACUUUAUGUAUGAGUUACCUUAUACCCCUUCUAGCCUGGAGUUAUUGUGCGUAGACACACGGGCUGGAAUCGUGUGUUCUAGACCAGCCAUCGGAAAAAGAGAAUCUUUCGGGUUUCAGAUGCAUGCUGUUUUUACGGAUGCAAGGUUUGCUCGCUCCUUGAUAGAUCUGUUCCAUUUUGCUGGUCCAAGUAUGUAUGCUAUUGAGUUUAGUAUCCACCUCACCUCCUCACCUGCGUGUGAUGGGGUUGUUCAAUUUGAAGCAACCAGCAUGGAUAAGGCUGGUCCUAGUGAUCAAGGGACCUUGCAGCUUAUUCCAGCAGGCCCGUAUAGUGAAGUACUUGGCACGGCCGGCGCUGCUCCGAUGCAGGCCUUUCCACGGCCUCCGACCACAAAGUUUCAUCAACAUGUAGAGAUUGCUGAAGGGAGCUUCCACAUGGAGAUGGAACUAGAAAAGGGUAAAGGACUAGGCGACCUGAUAGCAAAACAUGCCAAAUCCAUGCAUGUGCAUGAUGUCUCGGUAAAUUUUAUUCUGCCUGAGCACUCUUGGCAGGGGCUUAGGUGGUUCUGCGUGGAGAGGUGCCCAAAGUUGGAUACCAGUAUCUUUAGAGAUUCCUAUAAUUUUCCUCAGUUGGAGCCUGAGUUGUCAGAUCUCCUAAUGUCCGGCAAGAUUU